GGUAUUGCUGCCCAGGCAGGUUUCAAUGCAGGAGAUGGCUGGAGAUAUUUUAAUAUCCCUGGCUCUCGUACAAAUGACAUUGCAGGAAUUGCAAACACAACUAACAUAGGAAUUCCUGGACGAUGGGUCUUCCGGAUCGACAACAACAACGUUCAGGUUGGAGGAUGCAGCAAUGCAACCUCUGUUUGUUGGACCCUUCGACCCUGCCAAAAUGGAGGUCGCUGUAUAGAUGACUGUGUCACCGGCAACCCUUCCUACACAUGCUCUUGCCUAAGUGGCUUUACUGGAAAGCACUGUCAUAUUGACAUGGGGAGAUGCUUUUCUCAGCCCUGUCAGAAUGGAGGCUCGUGUGUUGAUGUACCUGGCUCCUUCACGUGUCUAUGUCCCCCAGAUUUCACUGGACCCAUGUGUGAUACAGAGGUAUCGCCAUGUGCUUACAAGACCUGCUGGAAUGGAGGA